UAGCCAUUUAUUUUUAUAUAAAGCCAUUUCGCUGAAUUUCGAAUGUUAUUUAUCGGAGCAACCCAGACUUUGACCUGCUCACGAGUCUCUUGUUUAUUUUCUGUAAGUGAAAUCAGUGUUGAAUUCUUAUUUGAAAUUUACUUAUGUUGGCUUUGUCAGUCAGUCGCUAGUAUACUCAAGUAACAAUAUAUACGAAACUUCAACAAUAUAGAUAAACUUACGCUAAGAAUGAUAACACGCAUGGUAUUCGAAAAAUCCACUUUAGGAGACAUACACAUGUGAGUUGGCGUAAAAUAUAUUCAGAUAUGACGUAAUACAAUCCCGCGGUCGGUGGGAGAUCUGAUGUCGUCAUAACUUCUAAACACUACGCACUUAAAAGGGACCUUUUCACAGUUUGGACAAUAUAAACAAAAAAAAAUUCACAUUCGCAAAGUUGCGUUGUUGUUAUGAUAUUUUUGAAGAAACAGUAAUACUGAACAUUUACCAUGCUCUAAAAUAUUUAUUUUUUGCAUCUUUUGACAAUUUAAACAUCUAAAUAUUCAAAAGCGUUGCAACGCGCUUACAUGAUAUCGAUUAUACACGUGUUUCAUUUUUUAUUACAGUUGUGGACGAUGGAUGCAUCGGAGGCAUCGAUGACGGCAAGUCAGUGGAUAGAGUGGGCGGUCGAGAAAGGCAUAAGAGCAAAUACACAGGGAGUGUAUAUCUGGAGCGAGCCAGAGGAUGACGGGAUUGAGAAGCCGGCCAUCAUGGAGGAGACGCCCGCCAUUUCACCGGCACCCACGUCUGUCGGGUAAAGGUUGUCAGGUUCGUCCAGGGCGUCCGACCUGUCCAGUUCGUCCGACCUGUCCAGGUCGUCGAGUUCGUCAAUGUCGUCCAGAGCGUCCACGUCGUCCAGCUCCCUGUCGAGGUCGUCCAGUUCGGACUCGGAGUACGUCCCGUUUGAGGCCUCCGACUCCGACGAGGAUGUCCCUCUGGUGGCUCCGACGGUCCCUGUGGUGGCUCGGGUGGUCCCUCUGGUGGCUUUGCCACCACCCAGGCCUGAGAGGCGCAUGAGAAAUAGGAUUACGGAGGCGGAGGAACUGGCCAUAAACAUGGUAUUCGCAGAGGACAUUGUCUCGACGUCCUUGUCAGGCAAGAGUAUAGGCAUCGAAGUCGUGAGACGAAAAUACAACCGGGCGACCAUGGGCCGUUUGGGCUUUGAGCAGGUUCGAGCAAAGAUCCGAAACCUGGCCAAGGCUCGUGCAGCUCGCCUGACGGCAGGCCCUAUGUAGAGCCCUAGACCGGCUGAUAUUUCUUAUAUGUUUUUUUAAUAUGCUUUUAUGUCUUUGUUAAAAUGAAUAUGUAUUAGUAUACAUUGUAAGUACUGGUUCAACCCAGGAAAAUACUUUAUUAUUUGUAAAUGUUUUUAUAUGCUUUUAUGUCUUUAUUUAAAUGAAUAUGUAUUAGUAUACAUUGUAAGUACUGGUUCAACCCAGGAAAAU